GCGCGGCCCGCCGAGCGCCGGCUCCUCCCCUGAAGCCUGCUCGCGGGACUGGUGCAGUCGCUUCGCCUCGGGUCCGUGCCCUGGCCCAAGCUAGCCCGCCAUGGAGGGGGAUACCCCCGCCGCUGCAGCCGCCCGCUACCAGCCGGCCAGCCCCCCGCGGGACGCCUGUGUCUACAACAGCUGCUACUGUGAAGAAAAUAUUUGGAAGCUCUGUGAGUACAUCAAAAACCAUGACCAGUAUCCUUUAGAAGAGUGUUAUGCUGUGUUCAUAUCUAAUGAGAGGAAGAUGAUACCUAUCUGGAAACAACAGGCAAGACCUGGAGAUGGACCUGUGAUCUGGGAUUACCAUGUUGUCCUGCUUCAUGUCUCAAGUGGAGGACAGAGCUUCAUUUAUGAUCUUGACACUGUGCUGCCAUUUCCCUGUCCAUUUGACACUUACGUGGAAGAUGCCUUUAAGUCUGACGAGGACAUCCAUCCACAGUUUAGAAGGAAAUUUAGAGUGAUCCGUGCAGAUUCGUAUUUGAAGAACUUUGCUUCUGAUCGAUCUCACAUGAAAGAUUCCAGUGGGAACUGGAGAGAACCUCCUCCAUCAUAUCCGUGCAUUGAAACUGGAGAGUUGGAUGCUGCAGGCCAUAAAGUGUCCCACAGAAGAGCAAGUUAAGAAGAAGCAUCUGGCAUUUUUGGAACGCUUUCUGUGUUCCACACACCGAGUGAAGCACCUCACGGACAUGAUCCCAUUUACUCCUCUUGAUGACGCUAAGAUUCGGUAACAACUGGUACCCCCAUUUCACCCAUGAAGAAACGGAAGCACAGAGAUGUUAAGGAACCUCACAAGAGUAGCAGAACUGGCAUUUGAACCCAAAUCAGUAUGAUUCUAGAACCUGGGUUCUUUGUUGAUGUGCUAUAGCAUUGUGGGGCUAUUGUGAAGAUUAAUGAGAUGAUGCAUGUAACAGACUUAUCACAGUUCCUGGCCUAUAAUAAGGAUCACAGUGAAUCCCUGCUGUUAUUUGCAUGUAUAAGUAUCGUAGUGCUGUUCUUCAGUACUAAGUAGGUGAUGCUACUUACCUCUGCUAUGUAAGACACACAGUGCUUAGUGUUCCUAAGUAGCUAGUGAGUCGAAAUGAAUAGUGGUGGUGAGGAUUUCUACUCAGUGCAUGUAGUACAUAUGGCUCUGUAGUGGGGCUGGAGAUACAGUGAUCGUGACAGCGGAUCAGGUUAGAGGGUUGGUAAACAAGUGAAGGGAACUGGCCCACCCUGCAAGAAAGUCUACAGUCAUGGCCUGAUUACGCAUUGCCUCCUAGAGUCUAAGAAAUGGCCAUAUACCAUAUACAACAAAUAUUACACUAAGGGCCUGCUUUGUCAGACUCCAUACGGAGACAAUAUCAGACUAGACAUAAGCCUUGUGCUCGUGGAACUUGCAGUCUAGUAGGGAAUACAUUAAAACCCAAAGAAUGUAAUGGAAUAAUUACAAAUUGUAAUAAAGCCACCAAGGAAAUAAUCAGAGGGCUGAGAUACAGAAUAAUGGAAUUGGGACAGGAAAGGGGAGGUCAGAUCCUACUUUGCUUGGGGUAGGAAAGGAGGGCUUCCUUGAGUAGGUGGCAUUUAAGACCCGACGAUAGGAAGAGCCUAGCAAGGGGAACAAUACAGACAAAGGCUUUGAGGUGGGAAAGAGCUCCACAAGUUGGAGGGCCUCAAAGAGGAGGCC